UAUAAUGGCUUUGCAUGCUCUGUGAUCUACCUUUUACAGGCUACGCGCUACCAAAAGGCCUAUUAAAUACAGACAAUACAGAUCUAAUGGCCAAUUCUUAUCCUUAAUCGGAUCACUGAAAUCAGAGCCUACUGUCCUGAAAUAGAGGCAUCCUCUCCUCGAGUCGUCUCCUCGGAGAAGAAGAAGAAGAAAAAAAUCCUGUCCUCCCCUGCGAUGACAGCUGAAUGAUGGAGACACUUUGUAUUUUCGCCUAUCUACUGACCCCCGCGCUCGUAGAAGAGAUGCUUCGCUCGUGCAUGCAUUGCGGAUAAAACUGCAUGUGGUGCAUGAAAAGACGCGAGCCCUCCCAAAGAAAAAAGAGAAGCUAAUCUAUUAGAUGCGCCCUGUGCCUGUUAACGGUGCGCCUUUCUUCCUGCGCCACAGCGGCACCUCUGUCGCUCGUCCCAGGAAGCUGCAGAUGCACUGCGGUAAAAAAAACAAACAACGUCCGUGCGUGGCUGAGCACAACCAGUAUGUGACGACUGUUUGAGCUUAUGCCCCGCUGUUUUUAAACUGAAACUAGUUUAGCUCUGUCCGAGGGGGCACCGCAGGGGCUUCACUGAGCGUUUAUAGCGCGUUUAAUGAGCAACAAAGGGCUUGGGGUAGUUACUAUUAGGGUGAACUGGCCCUUUAACUGGGCUCCAGUGGGCGGGGUUAGUUAUGCUAAUAUUUAAUCUCUCUGUCAACAUGGUCAUUUAACGCCGUAUCAGUCAAUAACUGCCCGUGCAGUUGUGGGUUCAGCUUUUAUAAUAAUUAGAUAAUAAUGCAGCUGAAGCGCGGGUUUUAGCUGCUGACCAGUGUGAUGGCAUUUCACAACAAUUCAACUCUAACACCAAACACCCACUAACGUUGUGUGUGAGGAGUGCCGAUGCUGUUUUGUCAACCAGCUAGCAUCAGCUACGCCUACGGGCAAGCUGCUGUUAGCAUUUACGAGCUUGUUUUUAUUUUUAUUUUUUACACAAACGAGCGACGUUAACGUCAUUUUGUAUCUGGAAUUCGCGAAUAAUAAUGUUGUGCUACAAAUAGCCAGCGACGCGCUCUAUAAAAGUAAAAAAAGUUCGACAUACCGACAUAUCAAAGGUAAAGUAACUAAGCUAACGUUAACUGCUAGCUAGCUAACGUGUGAGCUAAUCAAUGCUGGUCAGCUCACUUUACACGCUAACGCAGACAUGAGCGAAUGCACACCGUGACCAGACCACAUGUUGGUAAUAGUGCUUUUUAACGACAACCGUUUAUGUGACGGACCAUGUGAGAGCUCGCAGUAGCUAACAUUAGCGAGCUAACAGUAGAUGUGGUAGUGAUCAUCAGGUGGAAGCUCCUGCAUUUCUGAUCACAAAUCAAUAUCUUUAUCGACAGCCUGCCCAUCUGAGGACGGGGCUCAAACAAUCGAUCAAUUAUGUUAAACGUUAGCUACACGGUCGAUUGACAAGUGAAUGAAAAAGUUUGAAAAAUGCGUUAAUUUACAAUUAAAGCAUUUUAAAGGGUGAUGAAUUAAUUGUUACGGUUUGUUUUCCAGCUACUGUUCCAGCUUCACAGUUGUGAGGAUUUACUGCUUUUUGUGUUUAUUUGACAGUGAGCUGUUUAGGUAUUGUUAGUGUUACUUGGGAAAACCAUCAAUUUGAUGAUACUCGUUUUGUCCAAAUAACGAAAAGAUUCAACAUACUUUCAUAUAAGACAAUCUAAAGCAGUAAAUAUUCACUUCUGCGAGGCUGAAUCCAGUCAGUUUAGUUUUAUAUUUGCUUGAAAAUGCAAUUACUCCAUUAUUAAAAUAGUUUCAGAAGAACUUUCUCUUGAUCAACUAAUUGAUUAGUUGACUAGUUAUUUCAGCUCUGUAAUUGCUGUCGAGAUAAAAUACAUUCACCUCACUGAGAAUGUUGCAAUGAAGAAACUGCCUCAGUUUAUUGUAGUUUAAAUGUCGAUGUCACUGCUAUUGUUUUCCAUUUAGUUGAGUUCUGUCUUGGAUCUGGAUGUGUUGUCCUGUUGCCUUCAGUAACAUGCUGAGAUGUGCAUGUACUUGUAUUGUAAAUGUUUUAUGAUCAAUAAAUAAAAUCAACACAUAUUGUAAUUUAAACGUUCCUCGAUACAAAGGACACAUUCCUCAAAAUAUUAUACCCAACAAAAAAUAAACACUGAAGAUAAACAUACCACACGCAAGGAAAGUGUAACAGCAGCAAAGGGAAGUACAAGAACAGAUGUAUAGAUAAGUAACUACAAUAAAAACUACAGUAGAUGCACAUCUACUGCAUUGAGACAAAAUAUUGAAAAUAAUCGAUUUUCACUUUGUAAAGUGUUAUUCUUCUCUCUAGUUUUGUGAGACCAUGGAUGCCACCUGCAGUGCUUCUGCUGCUCCAGCUGGUUUGACUGUCCAGGUGUGCUUCCCUGGUGCCCGUGCUGCCGUCUUGGACAAUCUGAACCGGCAGCGAGAGGAAGGAAGACUGUGUGACCUCUCCAUCCAGGUGCAGGGGCAAGUGUUCAGGGCCCACCGCUGUGUGCUCGCUGCAUCCUCGCCUUACUUUCACGACCAGGUGUUGCUGAAGAAUGUUACGACUGUUUCCCUCCCCUCGGUUAUGGACCCGGUGGCCUUCGAGAGUGUGCUGAGCUCGGCCUACACGGGCCAGCUGAGCAUCGUGCACGAUGACAUCGUGAACUACGUCACCGUGGCCAGUUUCCUCCAGAUGUGGCACAUCGUGGACAAAUGCACAGAGAUCCUGAAGAGGCCCCGGCCCCCACCAGAAGUCAGCCCUGGGGAGGCCGCCGCCGCAGCAGCUCACCCCGGCACCGCGUCCCGCCAGCAGUCCCCGAGCAGCACCGACUGCUUGUACCUGGAAAGGGAGGGAAGAAGGAAGGAGAGGAAGCCGGAUGCCCUGCCCCCCUUAGCCACGUGGAGACGUCCGCAGCAGUUCCCCAGAUGGGGGCGACCACGGCCCCCAUCGACCCAGCACUUGGCCGACUCCCAACUGGACACCCUGGCUGGCUAUGCGGAGGGUGAUUACGCCAACUGCGAGGAGGCGUGGGUAUCAGGCCACACCAAAACCGGCCACUUUGCUCUCGAUGGACUGGGCUACAAUGGCCGGUACCACGGGGGGUUCCCCAGUGGCGAGGCGCUAAAGCAGAAGGUCAGGUUUCAACAGCGGGGAGUGCUGCCGAGCAGCGACAGGCUGCUUGAUAAGAAUAGAGAGAGCGGGGAUAGUGAUGAGACGCAAGAGAAGAGGAGGAAGGAGAAAAGAGAGAUGGAGGCAGACGAGGGAGUCAGAGAAGCAGCGGUGCAGAAGAAGGGGGGCUUUGCACAAAUGGGGCACUGCGACUUCCGCCCAGUUUCAGAUGAGAGUGUAGGACAAGCCACAGGGAAGGCGAGUGUGGAGGAGAUCAAGGACAAAGUGCAGAGAACUUUGGCAGGAAGAGACCCCUCCUCAGACCUGACCGGCGGUCAUGCUUGCCAAACAGGUGUUCCGGGCCCCUCCUGUCCCGUCUCAGCCCGGCCUCAGUGGCAGACAGGUCCCUGGUCUCAACAAGAGCAGAGGCCUCAGGACGGAGGGGGCGGCAGCUGCAGUAAAGACGAGGAUGAAGGUGACGAGCAGGAGGACGCAGACUUUGAAUGUUUCACGGAAGGGACGUUUAGCCGAGGCACAUAUGACGAGAUCCAAGAUGGCACGGGACAGGUUUCCCAGAGGCCUUUAGUGCCCGUGUCCCCCGACUUCACCAUGGCGGGAUCAGAGGUGAGCUGGCCCUCCACCAGCGCGGGACAGAGUAGCUCGUCAACCCCCACCUCAAGCCGCCUCCUGUCUCCAUCGUCUGCUGCAUUUCCACCGCCCUCUUCGCCCCCGACGCCGUCUUCGUCCUCCUCGGUGUCCCUCGCCGGCGCCCCCUACACGGGCAAAGUCCACUUCUGCCACUGCGGCAAAGCCUACACCCUGAAGAGCAUGCGUGACCGGCACGUGAAGAUGCAGCACCUCAACCUACGGCCCUUCGGCUGUCCUGUUUGCACAAAGUCCUUCAAGAUGAAGCACCAUCUGACCAAGCACCUUAAGACUCACGGAGGGCUGCGGCCCUACGAGUGUGGCCUGUGUGGGAAGAAAGUCAUUUGGAGGGACAGCUUCCUCAGGCAUCAGGUCCGAUGCGAGAGACUCGCCUCCAGCUCCUCAGCCAACGGCAACGAGACCGCACCUGCAGCGGACGUCGACGACAGCUUCGGUUAUGGAUUUGAGGACAGCGAGGCUUUUCUCGCGACGGGAGGACAAGUGAAAGUCGAGGAGGUGGAUUUUCGCGGGGAGAUGGAGGACGGGAUGCGUGGCCUCCUGGGCAGCGUGUCUGGGAUUGUGGACGAGCUCAGAACUCAGUCGCAAAACUUGGACGCCGGUAGUCAUGUUUUUAAAGAGGAGGCGAGUGAGAGCUUUAGCGGAAAUUAAACGUUAACGUGUAAAUUGUGUGCGCACAAAUACACACGAUGACUGUUCUUUUCAUGCCAUGGAUGUUUUGACAAAAAAAAAAGGAACAAUCCUAUGCUUUUAUCAAGUGGCCCUUUUUAAUUUGUGCAGUGCCACAUAGCCUCAGUUCUUGUUAAGUGAUGCUGUAAACUGUACAUCUGUGUUGUAAAUGUACCUCUUGGGCCCGAUUAAAGUUCAUUUGUAUUUUGCA